CUUUAUCUAUAUAAUUAAGUCAUCAUUACUCGUCCGGUUGCACAUAAAUUCCAUAACAUCAUAGUCGAACCAUCUGCGCCUCGGUGUAAUCUUCUAUUCGACUUGAUAAGACGCGAACGCGGCCACAUCCGACAUUCCAUAAUUCUAUACCUGUCUUUCGCUGCAUCCUCAUUUUAACUCGCGACUCGUCAAGUUUUCAAGAUGAACAAACUACCAAUAGACAUAGCCAUGACUCGGCUCGCACAUACGCUCCAGACUGGCUUGCUGCCCGACCAAGUCUGGAUGGUCAUUAGCUGGAUAGCCUUCUUUUUUAAACUAGCCAGUUUAUCUUUCGCUGUCCCUAUUCUUGGCCUAGUCGUCUUCGACUUCUGCCUUUGGAUCUAUCGACUGAAUCAACCUCAGCCUCAGAACGCCCUACGAACAAAUCGCAUUUCGCACAAGGCUCCCGGUCAUAGCGUUAACCCAACGUCACCCGCAAGUGACAUUGGCUCCGCAACAGCUCUGGCUGCUAACGCGAAUACGAGUCAGAGGCGUACCAUUUACUCGGAUCAUGCGAGCGACUAACCCGAAAAAUACGUAGUUCCUCUACAACAACAUAAUUGCGACAAC